GUAAAUGUAAACGUUUCCUGAAGCCUGCUUUUUAAAAUCUGGAUUCCUAAGAAAAACACCAACAUAAGUUUAAUAUGUCUGUUAACGAGCUAUGAUUUUUUUUUUUUAUCGUGUUAAUCAUGUAGCGGCUACAGGAAGUAUCAACAAAGGACCUUCUCAGAGCAGUUAUCCACGACCUAACGUAUUAUCUGUCAUGCAAAUGACUUCUUCGUUUCUGAACAUCAGUAACCUGCUUAAAAGCUGAGAAUGGGUCGUUAAGGUCAGGGGUCGUUAAGGUCAGGACACUGGAGAUAAUGACACUUCCCUCUAUUCAGCUCAAUAUUUGGGUCGUCGUUCCUUGACGAACCAAACAUGUUCCUAAAGACGUCAUGUGAGCUGCUUUGGUCACAAGUCCCAAGACACUUUAAUAAGAUAAAAAGGGACAUUUGAAGACAUCAAUGUGCACCGUUUUGACAGAGAAAACAGAUGCUUUGAGAGAAGAAGAAGAAGAAGCCAUCUAUGAUAAACAUGAAAAACCAAGACUGGUCAGAGAAGGUCAUCUUUCUAACACCUACUAUGCAGCCCUGACUCGUCUACCCAGGAGACAUGGAGCGUCCAGCUUGUGUUGUGGAAGAUUUGAAGCAGUUCGUUGUUAGAGAAGCUCCACAAACUGUGUACUACAUCCCAGAUUUCAUAUCAGAAGAAGAGGAGUCCUACCUUCUACAGCAGGUUUAUAAAUCCCCAAAAACUAAAUGGACCCAGCUGUCAGGUCGACGGCUCCAGAACUGGGGAGGGUUACCGCAUCCCAAAGGCAUGUUGGUGGAUAAGAUUCCUGACUGGCUUCAGAACUACUGUGAGAAGAUAUCCUUACUGGGAGCUUUCAGUGGGAAAACUGCCAACCAUGUGCUGGUGAACGAGUAUGAACAAGGUGAAGGAAUCAUGCCCCAUGAAGAUGGCCCAUUAUACCAUCCCACAGUCACCACCAUCAGCCUGGGCUCCCACACCCUGCUGGACUUCUACAGACCCAUCAGUAGCCGGGAUGGCGAGGCGUCGCAGACCGAGGAGAACCGGUACCUGUUCUCCCUGCUGGUGAAGCCGCGCAGCCUACUGAUCCUGCAGGACGAGAUGUACCAACGCCUCCUGCAUGGCAUCCAGGAGCGCGACCAGGACAGGCUGACGGACAAGGAGGACGCUGAGAUAAUGGAACCUCAGAUGAAACGGUGGAAAGGGUCAGAGUGCAACGCCGACUCCUGGGUCGCUUAUCCCAUCCUGUCAGAUGAACAGUCACAAGACGUGGAGCUGGUCGAGGCGUUCGCCGCUCCGAUCGUCAACAAGAAAGAGACGUCUCGGCUCAUCAGAGAGCUGAACAGCCUCUACCCGUUAAACGGCCUGCAGCACGUCAAGAGGGUCCGGGCCUGCAGGAACAAGGACAGUCCUCAUCCUCUGGAGGUCCUGCUGUGCCUCAUCAGUGAUGUUCCCAACACGAAGGAGCUCAGCAUCCUGUCCCUCCUGCCUUCAGAUGGAGAUAAAUGGGAAGGACUGGGUGAGCCGUUUGUGGUUAAGAUCCCUGCGCGACCUCCGCUGACCCGGCCUCAGUUUGAGCUGGCGAGCCAGCGCUGGCCCACAUCCUUUCAUGAGGACAAGCAGGUGACCGUGGCUCUGAAAGGAGAGCUCUUCAGUCCCCAACAAAAAGCCAUGAUGCACACGUUCAUGACAUCUGCUGUGGCCGCUGCCAGAGCUGCAGAGCAGCUGGGGAUGGGGGCAGUGGGAGCGGUUGUUGUUGACCCUGAGAGGGAGCAGGUCAUAGCUGUUGGUCACGACUGCAGAGGGGACCACCCACUGCAUCACGCCGUCAUGGUCUGCAUCGACCUGGUGGCUCAGAGUCAGGGAGGAGGUUAUUAUCGGUCCGACAGGUACGCAGCGUGCAGGUUCACCCCCACCGACCCAACUCCAACAGAGUCCCAUCCAGAGGGAGGCGCUCUGCCGUACAUAUGCACCGGUUACGACCUGUACGUCACCAGAGAGCCCUGCGUUAUGUGCGCCAUGGCGCUGGUGCACUCCCGGAUCGGUCGGGUUUUCUACGGCGCUGCGUCUGCCGAUGGAGCUUUAGGGAGUAAAUUCAAAAUCCACACGCAGAAAGAUCUGAACCAUCGCUUUGAGGUUUACAGAGGAGUCCUGAGCAAGCAGUGUGAGGACCUGAACACGAGGACCUCAUGAGGGAAAAUGUAGAAGGGAGGACAGGAGGUUUUAUUGCUGAAACUAGAUCAAAAACUGAAAGAAGGGAUUUUAUUUUCCAACAAAGGUUUUUUUUUUUUUUUAUUUGAAAUAAAGUUUUUAUCUUCUGA